CAUUUCCAGCUGUCAUACAGCAGUUUUUUGACAAGAAAUACGGCAGUAUCAGCGAGUGCAGAACUUUUGCUAAUUUUUUUCAAUUGUGUUACAAGCAAAUAAUAAAAUCAUAGCAAAAUGACUAACGCAUGGAGAGCCGCUGGACUUACCUACAUCCAAUACUCUAACAUCUGCGCUCGUGUUGUGCGCCAAUCACUGAAGGCUAACCUGCGUAACGAUGCCGCUAAACGCAACGAGACUCAUGUGAAGUUCACACCAUGGGCUAACGGCAAACCUGCACAUGAGAAGUAAAGUAGCCACAAGCUAGUUAUUUAUAUUAGCCUAAACAACGUAUGUGAUGUUGCCGCGUUACUGAAGAAGCUUAAGUCUCCUUUUGGUAUACUAUCGCAUUUAUCAGUAGCAACCGACGACAUCAUGGUUCAUUUCAGUUGUUUUACAGGAAUUUCCGUUUCUGUAUACGCUCGAGUAAUAAAUAAAUUAAGAAAUACCUAAAUACAAA